AUGGAUCAACAAGGCCAGUCUGGGGUACCAGGCCCUGCUGGGCGCAAGCUCCACAUCGCUCACCGGAGAAGUCCAUCUGAGCUGACCCCUUUGAUGAUGGAACAACUGGCUAUUCAGCAACAAAUUGAGCUGCUUCAGCAGCAGCAACAACAGAUUGCCGCGACACACCAACAGUACGUGAACAUGGGUCUCCUGCAGCCCCAACAGCUGGGCCAGGUCAACGCCUUCUCUCCAGGCGGCUCCAUGGGUGGUGUCUCUCCUCAGGUCAACGCCUUCCAGUUUCCCCAGCAGCAACAGCAGCUUGGGGUGCCCAUGAACGCACCGAACCAACACUCCCACCGUCGCAAUCAGUCUGCUCUCCCUGGCCUUCCUAUGGGUCCUCCCCCGGCUCCGUCGUCUGGUGCUUCCGGAUACGCCGAUUACAACCAGCAAGGUCAAAAUAAUCACCAGAAGAAUGAGAACACCAACCACGGUCGUGGUCGUGGUGGACCCCCUGGUGGAGGUCACCAGCGCCGCCACUCCCUUGCCCUUCCCGAGGCGAAGAAGGCUGCCGAACUGGCUCAGCAGAAGCGUACAGCCUCUGGAUUUCAGUUCCCUGCUCCCGCCCCAGGGUCGGAGAACCAGUCUGUUUCGGAUGACAAGCCCGGUUCCAGCACUUCUCCCGCACCGCAGGGUCUCGGUCUUCAGCGUGCUGGAAACAUCCGCGCUGGCGGCCACGGUCGCAGUCAGUCGAUGGCCAUUGGUGGUAACCGAGGCUCCUUGUCUGGACGCGGUGCAGGUGGUUUCCAGUUCCCGGCUCCGAGCGAGGGCCAACCCGACAACCAGCGCCGCGGUAGUCAGGCUGGCGGCCACGCUCGCACUGGCUCUCGAAACUUCGACGGCAACUGGCGCCAGCCCAACAACCAGAACCAAGGACAAGACCAACAGAAGUCCUUUGGUGGUCAGCAACAGCAGGGUGGGUUCCAACCCGGUCACCGUUCGCGUGGCUCUAUGAACCAGUCGAUGGGCUCCAUCGGCCAGUUCCAGUACCCGGGUCAGCCCCAGCUUAUCCAGCUGCCGCAGGGACAGGUCAUGAUGGCCAACCCGCAAAUGUUCGCCGGCGGCCAAGCGCAGCUGACCCCUCUGCAGCUUGCUCAACUCCAGGCCCUCCAGCAGCAGAGCGGCCAGGGCAUGGGAGGCCUUCAGGCGAGUCAGCACGCACCUCCUCAAUUGUCUGUUCAGCAGCAGCAACAGCAGCAACAGCAGCAGCGGAAGACUCUUUUCACUCCUUACCUGCCCCAGGCCAAUCUGCCUGCGCUGAUCAGCAACGGUCAACUCGUUGCUGGUGUUCUGCGCGUCAACAAGAAGAACCGUUCCGAUGCCUACGUGACUACACCCGACUUGGACGCCGAUAUCUUCAUUUGCGGUAGCAAGGACCGCAACCGUGCUCUGGAGGGUGACUUUGUCGCCAUUGAGCUCCUCGACGUUGAUGAAGUGUGGAACCAGAAAAAGGAAAAGGAGGAGAAGAAGAAGCGCAAGGAUAUCACCGACGCACGCUCUGGCAGCAACGCUGGAAAUGACAAGUUGGGUCGUUCUGACUCCAAUGGCGACAGACAGGAGAUCGGUCCGGAUGGAAGCAUCCGCCGCCGUGGCAGUCUUCGCCAGCGUCCCACCCAGAAGAAGAACGAUGACGUCGAAGUUGAGGGCCAGAGCCUCCUGCUUGUUGAGGAGGACGAGAUUAGCGACGAGCAGAAGCCUCUGUACGCUGGCCACGUCGUUGCAGUUGUUGAGCGCAUUGCCGGACAGAUGUUCUCCGGAACUCUUGGACUUCUUCGACCUAGCAGCCAGGCAACCAAGGAGAAGCAGGAGGCUGAACGUCAGGCCAGAGAUGGUGCUCACGGUCGUCACCAGGAUCGCCACCAGGAGAAGCCUAAGAUCGUCUGGUUCAAGCCUACUGACAAGCGUGUGCCCCUGAUCGCAAUCCCCACUGAGCAGGCUCCUCGGGACUUCGUUGAGAAGCACCAAGAUUAUGCCAACCGCAUCUUCGUUGCUUCCAUCAAGCGUUGGCCCAUCACCUCCCUGCACCCCUUCGGUACCCUUGUCGAGCAGCUCGGAGAGAUGGGUGACCUGCGCGUUGAGACCGAUGCCCUUCUUCGUGACAACAACUUCGGUUCUGACGAGUUCUCUGAUGCGGUUAUCAAGAGCAUUGGCUGGGAGGAUUGGUCAGUCGCCAAGGAAGGUGACGCGCUUGCUUCUCGCCGUGAUUUCCGUGAGGAAACCACUUUCACGAUCGAUCCCGAGGACUCCAAGGCCCUCGAGGAUGCUUUCCACGUCAAGAAGCUUGCCGAUGGAAUGGUUGAGAUUGGUGUCCACGUUGCGGAUAUUGCUCACUUCGUCAAGGGUAACUCUCUCGUUGACCGGGAAGCUAAGAAGCGCGGCACUGCGGUCUACCUGGUGGACCGUGUCAUGAACAUGCUGCCUCCCCGUGUCUCCACUGAGCUUUGCUCCCUUGUUCCCGGUGAGGACCGCCUGACGGUCAGCGUUGUCUUCAAGGCCAACCCGGAGACUGGUGCGAUAGACGACGACGUUUGGAUCGGCAAGGGUGUCAUCAAGAGCGCUGGUCGCCUCGGCUAUGACGAGGUUAACUCUGUGCUCACUGGCAAGUCGACCUCGACCGGUGCUGGUAUCACUGCAGACAACCUUCAGUUGCUGAACGAUGUUGCGAACAAGUUCCGUGAUGCCCGGUUCGGCAACCGUGCGGCCAAUGUCCCAAGCCUGCGUCUCCUUCAGCAGCUUGAUGAUGAGAAUGUUCCCGUUGAGUACAACAUCUUCGACUCUACCCCGGCGCACGAGCUUGUGGAGGAGCUCAGUCGCCAGGCCAACUUCUACGUUGCCCGGAAGCUGGUCACCGCUAUGCCCGAAAAGGCAUUCCUGCGUCGCCAGCCUUCCCCCAACCCUCGCCGUCUGACCCUGUUUGUGGAGCGGAUGAACCGUCUCGGCUACAACAUCGACUCCUCCAGCAGCGGCAGCCUCCAGAGCUCGGUUUGCAAGGUGGAGGAUGUUGAGCUGCGCAAGGGUAUGGAGACUCUGCUUUCCAAGGCUAUGCAGCGCGCCAAGUACUUUGUUGGCACUGGUGCCGCGGACGAGCAGCGCCAGCACUACACUUUCAACGUGCCUGUUUAUACCCACUUCACCAACCCCUCUCGCCGCUAUGCCGACGUUAUUGUGCACCGUCAGCUCGAGGCUGUCCUUUCUGAGGGCGCAAUUGAGUUCACCGAUGAUGCUGAAUCCUUGAACAAGACCGCCGACCUUUGCAACAACAAGAAGGACUCGGCUCUCAAUGCUCAGGAGCAGAGUGUGCACAUCGAGGCCUGCCGCAAGAUGGACCGGAAGGUUCACGAGAUUGGUGGAGAUCUCAUCAGUGAGGGUAUCGUUCUUUGCGUCUACGAGUCCGCCUUUGACGUUCUCAUUCCUGAGUUCGGCUUUGAAAAGCGCGUCCACUGUGACCAGCUGCCGCUGAAGAAGGCCGAGUACCGCAAGGACAGCCGUGUUCUCGAGCUGUACUGGGAGAAGGGUGUUCCUUCCUCUGCGUACAUUCCCGAGGAUGAGCGUCCCAAGCCCGGCAACUCUCGUGCAGCCCAGGCUGCUGCCGCUGCCCGUGAGGCUGAAGCUGCCAAGGAGCGUGCUCGCGAGCGCGAUGAGGCCAUGCGCAAGCAGACCGAGACUGGUACCAUGUCCGCGGAUGACGUUGAUGCCCUCUUCGAUGACGAUGAGGAUGUCGACGAGGUGACCGAAUUGGCCGCUGGCGUGUCUCUAAACUCCGCCGACCGGUCGACCCAGAGCAUGCCUCCCUCUCCCACUCGCAACGGUCACCACCAGCAGGGUCCUCACCGCACUCGCUCCGACCCGAAGAUUGCUUCAAGCACCAGCGAUGCUCCUGAGAGCAAGAUGACCAACAAGGAGAAGUACCUGAAGCUGUUCAAGCUGAGAGAGGAAGAUGGCGAGUUCAUCCAGGAUGUCACCGAGAUGACUCGGGUCCCUAUCAUUCUGAAGACCGACCUCAGCAAGAGCCCACCUUGCCUGACUGUCCGGUCCGUCAACCCCUAUGCCCUGUAA